AUGAAGUUUCUCGUGGCCAUUUCUUCUUUGGCUCUGCUAGCUCGGGCUGCCUCGGUCGACUUGUCGGCUCGUGACACCCCUCUUGUUGUUCGUCUGGAGGAGUCUGGCAACUCCGGCAUCAAGGGCUACCUCACCAACGCAGGCAAGGAAGCGGUGAAGCUCUUGACGCUGGGCACCUUUCUCGACGAUAGGCCCGUUGAGAAAGUCGAAGUUUUCUCCGGUGACAGCAAAGUGGCCUUUGACGGGAUUCGACUCAACAUGUGUACCCACUAUCUUCAAGAAGAUGCCUUCCGAGUCAUCAAUGCCGGCGAGACUGUCGAAGUCGACUUCGAUGCUGGAGAGCUUCACGACCUAAGCCCUGGCGGCACCUUCGACGUCCAGACCAAGGGCGCUUUCUCGACCGCAACGCUCAACUCGACCAUGAUCUCUGGCGCCCUCCCAUAUUCCAGUAACGUUCUGAGCACUGUUGUCGACGGAUCCGAGGCCGCAGCCGUGCACCACACGUUCCAGUCGAAAGCCAAGCGGACGGACCUCGCAGGCGACUGUACUGGGACUCGCCGUGCUGUUACGACGACGGCGAUCAAGAACUGCGCCAAGCUGGCCACAGCUGCCAAAACGGCUGCUCAAAACACCAACCAAUCAUCGAAGAGCCGCCUGCAAAAGUACUUCAAGAGUUCGAGCGCCAGGGUCAGCAAGCAGGUGUCUACCGUUUUCGGCCGCAUCGAGAAGGAGUGUAGCAGCACGACGUCGGGCGUGUCCAGCUACCACUGCACCGACGUCUACAAUGCCUGCCGCACGGGCGUGAUCGCCUAUACUCUGCCUUCGCAGAGCUUCAUGGUCAACUGCCGCAUCUUCUUCGACCAGAUGCCUCCUACCGACAAGAGGUGCCAUGCUCAGGAUCAGCAGACGACCAUCCUCCACGAGAUGACUCAUCUGGCCGAGAUUGCGGGCACUGAAGACUACGGAGGCUAUGGAUUCGAUUUUAUCCGCAGCCUCACGCCCGCUCAGAACCUCAACCAUGCCGACACGUACACGCUUUUCGCGCAGUCCAUCUUCGCCCGUUGCUGA